ACCGUGGUCACAGUUUACGCAGUGUGUUCCCUCGGUGAGGAUCAUCAUCGGUGUCAAUUUUGGCUUCCGCCCGUACACUGGUCACAUAAUAGUUUCUGCAACUGCGGCUGCGGAUCCGCUUCCCCCUGCUGGCUGUGGGCUGCAUUCUUCGUCUCCCUCCUUUCUACCCUCCGUACGCAGUGAAACAGUUGCAUCGAUGGUGAUGGUGGUGGUGGUCAUGAUGAAAAUGAAUGCUCAAUAAAACGAAAACCCAUGAUUGUUGAGUCAAUUAGUGUAUUUAGCGUCCCGAAAAUCGUCCCCGUGUUCAUGACAACUCGUAAGCAAUUCCCAAUGAUAGGUUUUAAUCCAGUGCAGUGCUCCAACCUGACCUAAGUAUUUGUGAGUGUAAGUGUGUGUGUGUGUGUAUGUGUUAUAUUUUUAGUGUGUAAAUGUGUAUAAUGCAGUGCAAAAGUACGACUUAAUAUCAAAUGUUCAUUCCUAAAUGUAAGCAAAAAAAAGAAAGAAAGUCGUUUCAUGUGAAGCGUCAAAUUCCAUGGCUCAGUGUGUAAUGUGUGUUCGCGAAACCAACACACCGUCACGCCAGUGAAUAUGAGCAGCAAGCAGGAAAAGCCCGUCAGCAAAUUUGGCCGAGGCAGCGCAAGCGGCUACCAACAAAAUCCAGUGCUUCCGGGAAUGGGCAGGUUAAAUUGAAUUAGUAUCAGCAGGGAAAAUCCCGUCCCACUCUACAUUGACGAACCGGUGCGUCCAGUGUGUGCGUGUGUUUGUCUGUGUUUGUUGGUUAAUUUCCCCCCCAAAGUGUAGUCAAAAAGAAAGCGAAGGUGUUGAGUGCAAAUCGGUGGGAAAUCCCUUGCAGUUCCGUGCGAAACGUGUAAAUUUAAAUUUACACGAAGGUGAAAUAUAUCCUCUGCUUCCGUCACGGAAACGUCAUCCCGGGCCGAAAACAUGCCGUUCGGUCGGAAAUCCCCACUGGAGGCACUGGCCAUGCCCGGUGCCAUUAUUGCGUACAAAUACAGCCAGUUCCGGCAGCGCCGCCGGGAGGCAGCGAAUCGGCGCGUGACGGAACGGGAGCUGUCGGCACUGCACACGAAGAUUGAAAAACUGCUCAGCAAGCUCGAAGAGAGCGAACUCGAACCGCCAACAUCGCAGGAGGACGAGUGCGUCAUCUGCAUCAAUGCGCGGGCAACGAUGCAAACGUCCCCGUGUGGCCACCGUGUCGUGUGCCGCCGGUGCUUCGUCAAAACGAUCCAAAGUGCCGUCGCGCAACGGUUGCUCCCUUUGCGCUGUGUUAUCUGCAGAGCGAGAAUAAAUCGUCUUACCUCGGGCUCGACUUCCUGGCGCUUGCAAGGUUCGGCCAGCACGUACUCGAUGGGCAGCAAGAGCUGGAGCGUCCCCGGGUCCGCCAGCUCGUACAGCGUCGAUGCGCGGGUCACCCAGUCCGCCAGCCUGUACUCGAUGAGCUCCGGGUCGUCGUGCGUGUCCGGUAUCUCGAACAUGUCCAGCUGCUCCGGCACGUCCGGCACGUCCGGUAUGUCUUCCACGUCGUCGACGAGCGGCACCACGGAUGGGUCGCUGCACGGCCACAGCCAUCGGCACGGGGCGGGGGGCGGCGGUUGCACCAGCAGCUGCAGUACGAGCGGUUGCCUCGGUGCAGUGCCGCGCAAUCCCGCCUACCAGCACUACCACAAAAAGGGACAAUACUACAUGAAGAGCCGUAUUCCGGAGAUGCCAAAUCGGUUGCCACCGAUCAUUGAGUUCAAGAGCCCCACACGCCACCGGACGCCUUCCCCUGCCAAUCCGGGCGCUCGGUUUAAAUACUACACCCAACCGGGCAAACCGGCGAACCCGGUCGAAUCGAUACCGCUGAUGACGGUGGAAAAGAUCGGCGGUGUCGGUGGCGGCCCGGCCAGCAAGUCCGGCCCUUCCAAGCUCGGGCUGAACGCGAAAAUCGCACCAGUCGCUUCCAAAUCGCCCAUCAACAAAACGAACAUGGCCACCGGGAAACCGGUCACCACGUCGCUCAUAACGGCCGUCAACAGCGCCACGCCGAAGGCACGCGUACUGUCCGCUUCCUCGGCCACGGCCGGCCCUUCCGGGCUGGGCAGGGCGGGCAGUGGCAGUGGUAGUGGUAGCAGCAACAAGGGUGGCGAUAGUGGCGUUGGGAUGGGCUGCAGCAGUACCAGCUCGUUGGCCACCAGCGCCAGCGGCAGCAAGCAGGACGAAAAGUACGACAAUAAGAAGAACGAAACGAUCGAGAAGAAGAAGAAGGAGGAAAAGGCCAAACAGAAGGCGGAAAAGGAGGCCCGAAAGGAGGAAAAACGCAUUGCCAAAGAGGAGGAAAAGCUCGCCAAAAUGCUUGCGAAGGAGGAAAAGAAGCGGGGCAAGCGGGAGGCAAAGGAGGCGCUGCUUGCCCACGAAGGUGGAAAUGGGUUAAAGUAAGGAGGGGAAGAGUACGGCAAACAAAACACAAUAAAAAAGCAUAGCUUCCAAAGCAAUUGAGCAAAAGAGAUUGAACAAAAAAAAAAACGGCAAAUUGCACAUGAUUAGACGUGAAACGUGGUUUCAGCGAAGCUUUUUUUUAAAGCAGUUUGUGGAUAGAGAGAGAGUAAGAGAAGGCGCUGUGGCGGGUUUAGUUAUCCAGCAUGUUUAAUCAACUGCCGGUUUUUGAUUCGUUCGCUUUCGUUCGAAACCAAUCCCCCAAUACACCACAACAGUUUGGAUCAUAUUGAUUCAUUUAGUGCAAUUCAAUUGCCAGCCAGGGCUCUGUAGAAGCAGGUUUCUUUGUUUUAUUUUAUUUUUAUACUUCUUUUUCGUACUCGUUUUCUUUGUAAUUGUGCUAAUCAAGGAAAGACAAGUAAAAAGUUUAAUUAAGUGAGGUUUUCUAAAAGCAAACAUAAUCUGUAAGUGGUUUAAAAACUAGCUGUAAAGCAAAAUAAUUGUUAUGAGAAACUAAUUAAAAAGCAAAAGUAAGGAAAAAAAUCCGAACGCGAUAUCAAAUCAGAAAUCGCAAAGCAAACAGUUUCACUACAGAGUUAUAAACAAGUAGAUAAAACACGCAAACAUAUCACAUUCAUCCCACGUAGAAAAAGAAAAGAAAAGAAGAAAACAAACAAACAAGCUAUCAAAGAAAGGAAGAAGAAACAAGAAGGAUAAAAGGGAAGUGUUUCAAAGCGUUCGUAUUAGUUCUCUGGUGUGUAUCACUAUCACUUCACUUGUUAACAAAAAAAAAAAAACAAAAAAACAGUAGAAAACAACAGCAAGCUGCUUGCGAAUGGCAAUAAGUGUAAAAUCUAUGUUCCUAAGUCGAUUCGAUUUGUGCGCAAAGAAAGGUGAACAUAAAGAGGCAACGAAAUAACAUGCUGAAGCGCGUAAAUAAUUUCACUCUAUUUUACUGAUACUUUAGAAUGUCCCCUUCCUUUCAACCCUGUUGCGUUUUGGAUAGAAUAGAACAAUUCCCACCAUUUCCACCCAAGACAGGCAGGUACGCAGAAGGUCUAAAAGCGAUCCACCACUUCCAUCGUUUGAAGCAUUUUAAGCAUUCAUUAUCACUUCUCGUUGUGGUAGUUUUGUGCAUAAUCAAUAGUUUUAGGAAACGAAACAAAAUAUAAUCUAUUACUUGUCCAGUUUUCGGGGUUUUUUUUGGUAUCAUAACAAAAAGUAAAAACAACAACAACGGAUCACACUUCGCGUACACACAACAAAGCUCACUGUGAUAGGUCGGUAAGUGUUGUCGCGCGCAUCGGGAAGAUCGGAUCGGAGAGCAAUGCAAAAGCAAAAACAAAAACCAGUAAAGCAAAAAAGCAAAAGAAAAACAAAGAAGAAUAGAAAAAAGGGAAAAUAAAAACGAAAACAGAUCAAUAAAACAACCAGUAAGUAGCUAAGUGAUGAGAGUAAAGCAAACAAACAAACAAAAGUAAAAGCAUUUUGAAGCAGUGAGCUCCGUGCGGUUCGCAAUUGUAGCCAAAGCAAAAAUAAAGCAAAAAUACACAAUAAAUAAAACACACAAAACGUACACAAGCAGUAGUGGCAGAAAAAAGAAACGAAAAUUAAGGGAGAAAGGAUAAAAGAGAAGCAAAAAGUUUGUUGUUAUAGUAUUUUAAAAAACCUAAAAAACCUGUGUACACACACUUAAACGAGAAAAGUUUCGCAAAUGUAAUGCAUUUUAGAAUUUUGCUACUAAAAAAACACGAAAACAAGAAACAAACAAUUAAACAACACACACAGAGAGACAGGCAAACCCUUACAAGGGUGUAGAAGAGUAAAAUAAAGCAAAUAAAAAAGCGAAUAAAGUGAAUAAACAUGUUCUAAAACCGUCUUCAGGUCAAACACAGACACACACACAUACGUUGUAGUAGUCGCCACCCAUCCUCUUUGUAGGUGAUGAUAUAUACACACACAUAUAAAAGAAGUAAAACAAAACAAAAACCAACCAAACGUCCCAUUAUAAAACAGCAAUACUCCAUUGUUUGUUCCGAUCCCGAUGUGUAUAUGCGUGUGAUUAGCGUGUAUUGUACAUGUGUGUUUGUGUGUCUGUGUAAUGCGUUUCUUAUACUUUUCACGCAACCGUCACCGUUCAAAGGAAGGUCCACUAUGUACUAUGAAACUAUCCCGUUGCCAAAAGGACAGUUAAGACAAGGAAACCUCAGCGAGGCGGUCACAGUGGGAACAUUACGAAGAAAGGUGAAGAGAGAGAGAGUCCGUUAACUAGUAGUAGUAGUGGUAGUAGUAGUAGUAGUAGUACGCUCUCUGUUUAGUAUCACGUUACACAGACAGAACAAGGGAUAGAGAGAGAGCGAGCGACAGAGAGGAAGCGAAAAUGGAGAGACUAUUUAAGAAUAGUUUUAAGCUCACCCGGUUAGGUAGGCCGUGCUCUAGCAGUUGUGUCGCGUGUGUUUGAUUUAAUUUUUUUUUUACAGUCAGUCCAAAAAGUAUUCGUCUAGCUGAAUAUUUUGCAGAAAAAGGUGAAUUAUGUCCGCAAUAGGCAUAGGGUGGUAAAAGUAAUCAUGGGGUUUGAUAAAGGGACUAUCAAUACACACGUACUGCUAAAAAUAAGCAUUAAAAUAGUGCAAUAUUAACUAAAUUAUUUAAAAAAAACUAAAAAUAGUCAUUUGAUUGGCGCGCAAAAAGUAUUCGUCUAUCAGGCUUUUGGCGUAAUAUGCGUAUGAAAGCAAACGUUAUGGAAUCAAAAAAUGUCCUGAUCUUAUUUCUUAUUGCAUUUAUGACUAUUGGUGACUACUUGCACAACGCAAGAACUCAUUUGAACCUUUAAAAAGGCGUUUUUUUGAUCCACUCAUCCUACAAGACUUGUUACAAUUAUCCUCUGAUAGAAAUAUUGCAUUUCCGGACUACGUGGCCUAGUUCCAUUGAAAAUUGGCAACUGAUAUCAUAUUGAGAGUCUACUAAAUCAUUUUCAUCAUUUUGGGCAAAUGACAAUGCUCUGUAUGUUCUCCCGCUCGACUGAUCUUGAAACAUGUGGUACUUUUUAAGUAAAAUUUCUCAGAGCUGGGACUCAAAGUUCUUAAAAACUGCACUAAUAUGUUUCCCCAUCUCGUCUCCUAUCAAUUUGAA